AUUUGGUUGUUUAGGUUGGACAACUUGUUGGAUGAGGCUGUGUAAUCAGUUUAACAGUGGUACAACACGUUUGUUUUGUUGUCUGCCGGGGAUAUUUUUUGGACUGAGAACACAGACUAGGUAUUUCCUCUCCUUCAGGUGCAGAACAUGUGUAUAUCUGUAGUCAGCUGGCAGGCAGCUGUGGCCUUUGUUUACCUAAAGAUGUGAGGUGAUGUGAAGCAGUGUAAAGUGUUUGAUGAGGCAGUUAUUGCUUUGGCUUGGCAGAGAUUCACAUGGUCCCAGAAUCCCACCACUGUUCAUGCAGGUACCAACAACCAGCAGGAGACACUAAUACACUGAUGGCAAUUCUGAUCCCUCAACCACCUCCAACCUUUCCUCUCACAUCUAACUCAAGUCUCUGCUGUGCUAUAGAGCAUGGAGCAUCUCUCCUAAACUGGCCUCUGUGUGGGUUGACUCACACCAUUUUUAGUGUAACACAGUUGCUGCAUGUCUUUAAAGGAAUCAGUCAACAUCCAAGGAAAAACUACAUGACUGUACAGACACUGAGGUCAUGUUCUCAGUUAUUUCUGGGAAUUUUCUAAUGUGGGAGAAAUGUAUAUUCUACAAAUAAAAAACAUACACACAGUGGGCAAUCUAUAAGAUGACCACCAGCAAACCAACAAAAUAUAAGCUCAUACAGGAGUGGUUCUGUGUGUUGACAUUUCUGCUUAAACAGUACUUUACUUUGAGGAAUAUGAACAUGUACUCUGUACCUGAAAAGAGAAUGCUUUGCCUGAAUGCGAAGAAAAUAGUUUUCAAAUUUAAAUGAGGGAAUACUGGACCAAAGAAUCAGUAACCACGUCUAUGGAUUGGAUCAAGCAUUCAGUACUAAACUUGACACUUCUCAUUUACAAUGAUAUGGUAAAUGGACUGUACUUAUAUAGCGCUUUUCUAGUCUUUUCAACCGCUCAAAGCGCUUUACACUACAGAUCACAUUCACCCCAUUCAUACACAUUCAUACAGCACAUGUUCUAUACAAAGUGCUUUUCUAUACACACAUUGGGGUCAGUAUCUUGCCCAAGGAUACUUCGGCAUGCGGACUGCAGGAGCCGGGAAUCGAACCACCGACCUUCUGAUUGGUGGGCAACUGCUCUACCUCCUCCUCCUCCAGCCGCCCCUAUGAACACCUUUGAGUUUUAAUUCCUGUCCCUACUGUACUGUGAGAGGAUUCGGUAUUUCAACACCAUGUGUCCUGGGACUGUGGAGACAGCUUAUAAACACCAUGUUGGUAGAUACAUUGUACAGAAAAUAAAUGACUUAUGAACCAAAAUCUAAAUAUCUAAAGGGGUGGGUGCAUUAGGGGAGUGGCUGUGGGAUGAGGUAGAAUCUGAUUUUUAAGUCUAAUUCUGAGUUCAUACAUACACAACAAUGAAGAUGGCAACAUCUGAGUCUCAUCUCCAUCGCCACGCCUCCACAAGGGCACUGCUCCCCACGUCUCCUCCCUCUGUCCGGCCGGCUUCACAGCUCGAGGCGAAGCCCUGCCAGCAGAGUGGAUCAUCAGUCAGCCUGAGCGAGGGGAAGACGGAAAACGUCAUUCACUCCAGCUGAUCCUCUGAACUGCGAACUGGAUAGCGGUCGCGUCUGGACGCGCAAUUACGCUCGGGAACAAGAGAGUUAGAAGUUUCACCGUUCAAGUUCCAAAAUUAGGAUCAUUAAUACUGGUGUAUUUUGCAGCAUUAAGGAGCAUCCACCCAUCCAUGGGAAUUCUCCAGAGAGAGAUGAGCAGCGCGGAACCAGUGGACAUGAUCUCCGCGUAAAAUAUCUCUAUCCGCGUCAAAAUUCUUCCUUUAAAAACAAAAUGCAGAUCUUCCUGUACACAGCUGUGUUGUUCUAUCUCAAGGAGUCUGCCAGCGCUGAGCCCAAAGCCACAUGUCCAACACGGUGCGAUGUGAGUACCUGUCCGAGUCCCAGCUGCCCCAGCGGUUACGUGCCGGACCGCUGCAACUGCUGCCUGGUGUGCGCCCAGGGGGAAGGAGAGCCGUGCGGCCGCAAGGACGACCUGCCGUGUGGGGACGGACUGGAGUGCCAUCACCCGGCGGGCAAGCGGCUCUCUAAGGGGCUCUGUCAGUGCAAGUUCAGCCACGAAGUUUGUGGCAGCGAUGGAAAGACCUACAGUAAUGUGUGCCACCUGAAGGCGACCAGUAGGAAGGCUCUGCAACAGGGACUGCCUGGCAUCACCCAGACCCAGAAAGGACCGUGUGAGACCAGUAUAGGUCCUUCACAUGCUGCCAGUCCUCGUUACAAGUUCAACUUCAUAGCUGAUGUAGUGGAGAAAAUUGCCCCUGCUGUGGUCCACAUCGAGCUCUUCCUCAGGCAUCCUCUCUUUGGCCGGAACAUCCCACUGUCUAGUGGAUCUGGGUUUGUAAUGUCAGAGAAUGGACUAAUUGUUACCAACGCCCAUGUAGUCUCAAGCAGCUCUCCAGUGUCCGGCCAACAGCACCUCAAGGUACAAAAUCCAGUUUUAUUUCUGUGAUCCUUCAUCCUUUUCACUUGAAAUGGUCUAAGCUUUCUCAACAUAAUUUAU